UCGCCCGUGUGAAGUCAGAAAAGGGGGGUGAGACGCGAAAGAGAAAAUGGCGGCCGCUGCUGGUGCGCCUGGGUCGGGGGACGGAGGCGAAACGGCAGAGCCAGACAGCGAACCGAUCCCCGGAGAUGGCCGGCUGGAAGAGCAAGCUUCGGAGCCUCUAAAGGCUGAGUUACAGACGGCUCCGUUAUCCGGUGAGGCGCCCAGACCCGCUUCAGCCGCAUUGGAGAGCAAUUCACCCCCCGAGCAUGGGAAGCAGGCCGGUGUGCGACUGGACGAGCAAGGGCUGAGCAUACCAAGUGUUGAGCCCGCAUUGCUGUGUGAGGUAACCGGCUGUGGGGACGGGGAAACGGACCUCAGGCCUAUGCCCUGUGCCUUAGGUGCCUCUGCGGUGCCUGGGGCUGUUUCUGAGGGGGAAGAGCUGGCCUCAGACGAUGUGAGACCGCUAGAGAUAACUAAACGGGAGGACGCAGAGACAGACUGUAAGGUGCGGCCCCAGAAAGCAGAGGUGUCCAUUGAAGAAGAACCUAUGCAAUGGAAAGAUGAACUAAAGAGAGAGUGUGGCCCUAUGGGCCCAGUGGAGAAAGAGCCUGAGCUAAUGGAGCUUGAAGGAAGGCCUAGGGCCACCCUUGGGGAAGUAGAUAUCCUUCCUUCCCUUCCCCCUGAGGAUAUAGAAAGGGGACCAUCACCAGAGGAAGGACCCCAGGGGGCCUCACAAAACAUGGACUCCUCAGUAGAUGAGGGACAGCAAAUCCAGGGGCCAAUGCCUGAGGAUGUCGAACUUGUAGGCCAGUCAGCCCCUGAGGUGCAACCUACGGAAGAGUUAGAACCCAGGGAGACUGAGGACUUUGCAAACACAGUUACCAUAGCGAUUGACCCAGAGAGAGAUUUAGACCCUGUAAAGGUUGAGCCAAUGGAAGAGGCAGUUCCUAAAGACGUUGGGGGAAAGCAGGACUCUGUCCCAAUGGAGCUGGGUACAGGCGUAAUCUCCGAGGGGGUGGCGGAAGUACAACCGCUUUGUGAGAAGGCUGAACACACAGAGGCAGCCAGUGAGUUUCAGGAACGAAUCACUAAUGAGGUCCAGCAGAUACACGGAGCAGGCGACGAGGCCUGUCAAACCACGCAGCCGUUACAGCAAAGUGAGCAGCAAGACCAGGAACCAGCUGGUGGUGGGCCUUGUGUGAGCGUAUCGGUGCCUGGGAACGCAGAGCAUGAAGCAGUCUUAAUAGAGACCGCGACAGUCUGUGGUCAAGUCAAUAAUUCUGAGAAGGAAGGGCUUGAAUCAGCCUGUAAAGAGAUGGGCGAUUGCUCAGAGACUAUCCACAGUGGACUUAAUCUGGCCACCGCCGAGGAAAAUGGUCUCCAGUUUGAUGGCAGCGAAGGAAGCAGCAUGUGUGAUUCUUUUUCUGAGCAUGAGGGAAAAUGCCUUGAUCCCGACCUUGUGAUGGACCAGCCAAUGGAUGAACCUGAGGUGGAAAGUCACGAAUCUCACCUCAUCACCCAUAAAACAGAAUUACAAUCCCAAGUGAUGCUUGAUGAAAGUCAAACAAGGUCUACGCAAGUGAAUAAUGACGUUAAUUAUGAUACAUUCUCUAAAGACAUUGAGACCAGUUGUGAGACUCAAAAGGCUGAGGACGCCUCACGGGACGGCGCUUGUACCUCUGGAGUAACAUCUAGGCUUCCGCCAAGCCCGAUAAACACAGAGUCGCAUACUGGAAACAUUUCGGACUGUCUGCAAACCGGGUUUGCAAAUCGUGUUUCGUUGUACAGGGACCCAAAUGUGGAGCAGAUUUCUGUAGAAAUAAAUCACGUUCAACCAAGCUCCGAGAACAGAGAGACUGUGGUCGAGGAACCGAAUGUGUCUUUGGGUAACACAGGGUGUGAUGGUGGUCCUGAGCAAUGCACUGGGGACCCUGAGCGUCCUGACGCUCUUCCUAACGCAGAGAAAUGUUUGGAUGAUCCAGAGAACGUCUGCGCCGCACGUGCUAAAUCCGUGGAUCCGUUCGCGAUAGGAGGAGUUGAUGGCCUUGUCCUUGGUUCAGAAGUCCGGGUCACCCUGGAUCACAUCAUUCAGGACGCCCUUGUGGUUUCCUUUCAUCACGGGAAUAGGAUCUUCUCAGGGGUGUUAAUGGAUUUGUCAAAAAGGUUUGGACCGCAUGGAAUACCUGUAACGGUUCACCCUAAACGGGAGUACAAGAAUAAACCAGAGGAGCCGGCUCAGCUGCAGAGUCCGUCAUUCCAAGAGGAGACCCAGCAGACGAGUGAAGAGAACGGCAAAGUUUCAGAGGACGUUGCUCCCGUACAGUCCUCAGAGCCAGAGCCCUGUACAAAAGCUCAAAACAUGUGGACUUCAAAGCCACCACCUCUUUUCCAUGAAGGAGCGCCAUACCCUCCUCCGUUAUUUAUCAGGGACACUUACAACCAGUCGAUACCUCAGCCUCCUCCGCGGAAAAUUAAAAGACUGAAAAAAAAGAUUUACAGGGAAGAGCCCACUUCCAUCAUGAAUGCGAUCAAGCUGCGGCCCAGGCAAGUGUUGUGCGACAAAUGUAAAAAUGUGGUUUCCGACAAAAGGGAUAUCCGGAAGAGCGGGAAUGACUCUUUUAAGCCGGAGGACGGAAAGCGGAGAAGGCACGAAAGCGUCAGUACCGUGAAUAAAAAAUUAAAGACCGACCACAAAAUCAACGGGAAAAGUCAAAACGAAAGCCAAAAGCGAAACGCGGUGGCCAAAGUUUCCAAUCUGAAUCAUGGCCGAGGAAAAGUGGUGAAGGUGGGUUCUCAGGCGAGUUCAGGAAAAACUCAACUCCAUGGCAAAAAGGUGCUUCAGAGCAAAAAUAUGGAUCAUGCAAAAGCUAGAGAAGUUUUAAAAAUGGCCAAAGAGAAGGCGCACAAGCGUAAGAAGGACACGUCCUCCUCCAAGAACACGCGCGGUAAAGUCCACUUCACAAGGCGCCUUCAGAACACAAGCUCAGGGACCCUGCCGCCAAGACUACGCAUAAAACCUCAGAGGUACCGCAACGAGGAGAACGACUCGUCGUUGAAGACUGGACUCGAGUCGUUGAGGAGCUCCAAGAUGAGCGCCAAGCCCCAGACUCGCUACUCUGCCACUCGGUCAGCAGGUGAGGUCCCUUCAGAGAUAAAGAGUCCUUCCAAUGGCCCGGAAGAGGCCGGCGGUGAUGUUCAGGAUACAAGUGUCUGUGUACCGACUGACGAGCAGGAUGAGCAGCAAACCCUGAGCAAGAGAGGCAGCAAAAGCAAUAGCCCAGUUUAUAUGACCUUAAAUCAAGCAAAAGCCGACUCUUCCAGUGCAUCGGUGUGUAGUAGCGAUAGCACAGAUGAUUUGAAGUCCUCCCACUCUGAGUGUAGUUCUACUGAAAACUUUGAUUUCCCCCCAGGCAGCAUACACGCACCUUCACCACCUUCCUCCUCUUCAAAAGAAGAGAAAAGGCCGAGUAAUUCCUUGAAAAUAAAGGUGUUUUCCAAAAAUGUUUCUAAAUGUGUGACCCCUGAUGGCAGGACCAUAUGUGUUGGGGACAUUGUUUGGGCAAAGAUCUACGGCUUCCCGUGGUGGCCGGCCCGCAUACUCACUAUAACUGUCAGCCGGAAAGAUAACGGCCUGCUGGUGCGGCAGGAGGCCCGCAUAUCAUGGUUCGGGUCCCCGACCACCUCGUUCCUUGCGUUGUCUCAGCUCUCCCCCUUUUUAGAAAACUUCCAGUCCCGCUUUAACAAGAAGAGAAAGGGCCUUUACCGCAAGGCCAUCACAGAGGCCGCUAAGGCUGCCAAGCAGCUCACUCCAGAGGUGCGGGCUCUACUGACACAAUUUGAAACGUGAACACCACAUGUAAGCGCAUGCACAAUAGGAGCUGCCUGCAGGAUUUCACGACUACGACACCACACGGAGUUGACUUGGUCCGCAGAUAUGAAGGACAAAGUAGAAGUAAAAGCAAAGAGCUGUGAAAAAAAAAAAACAAAUUAUAACCCACAUGUAACUUAUACAGAUUGUUCUAUCCAA